AUGGCGUACAUCUCGAAGGCGGACCGAAUUGACCUGGACGACCAAAUAGGUCUCCAACUGGGCACCAAGGGAAGCAGGACGCGCAUCAAUUAUGGUGCACGACCCACAAUCUCCAUAGGCCCAGUAAAGGCACAACACUACCUAGACGUCGUCGAUAUCGAUAGAUACGAUGCUGUACUAGGCACAGUGUUCAUGCAUAAAUAUGGCGUGGUCCUCGACUUCGAGAACCGCACCAUAUCGAUCCAAUGGCAAAAAAUACCGACCUACGUGGAAGUGGACAAGGCCACAAUCAUUGCGAAUCGCAAGGAUAUGUCGCACUCACACUACCGCGUGCACAACAACGUCAGUACCGUUACCGCCAUCACCUCAGACAACCCGCAAUAG